GGAGGAAAAUUCUCUGCUGCUGCUGUUGAGUCACCACCGGCGAAACAGUUACUCGACAAUCUCAUCCAGAUCUGUCCUCGUAAGGUUCCCAGAUUUAUUCACUCGGUGUUAAAAUAGUCACACCGUCCGGGCAAGUCUUCUCGACGUGGUUGAAAUGUUACAUUUUCGGUCCACGGUAGCGCUCAAGGAGUUAUUUCAAACCCAGCUGAAGCGUCCUUUGACCGGCAGAGUAGCGGCACCGGUACCCGCCGCCUGCUUCAGCUUCAGCUCCAGGUCCCCCGCUGAGGAUGCUAGGUCUCCGGUCAGAAGGAGGCCGUUUUCCGGGUGGAAAGCCCCGCAACACUUCACCAGAAAGCACAGUCUGAGAGGCUUUUGCUCCAAGGGUGACGGACACAAUGAAGUCGCCAAGGAGUCUUCAGCAGAGAAGAGAAGGAAGGCGGGCAUCCUGCCCAGUCUGGAGGACCUGCUUUUCUACACCAUCGCAGAGGGCCAGGAAAAAAUCCCAGCGCACAAAUUCACUACAGCUCUUAAAGCCACAGGGCUUCGUACAGGGGACCCUCGGCUCAAAGAAUGCAUGGAGAUGCUGAAGGUGACGCUGAAGACGACCUCCGAUGGAGCUCUGGACCGACACCUCUUCAAAAAGUGCGUCCAGAGCAACAUCGUCCUGCUGACCCAGGCCUUCAGGAAGAAGUUCGUCAUUCCAGACUUCCAGUCGUUCUCCGCCCACAUUGACGAGCUCUAUGAAAACGCCAAAAACAUGCCGGGAGGACAGGUGGCAGACUACAUCCCCCAGCUGGCCCGGUUCAGCCCGGACCUGUGGGCCGUCGCCCUCUGCACCGUCGAUGGACAGAGGCACACCGUCGGCGACACCAAAGUCCCGUUCUGCCUCCAGUCGUGCGUGAAGCCGCUGAAAUACGCCAUCGCCGUCCACGACCACGGCACCGAGUACGUGCACCGCUUCAUCGGCAAAGAGCCCAGCGGCCUGAGGUUCAACAAGCUCUUCCUGAACGAGGACGAUAAACCCCACAACCCCAUGGUUAACGCCGGAGCCAUCGUCUGCACCUCCCUCAUUAAGCAAGGAGCGAGCAACGCUGAGAAGUUUGAUUAUGUCAUGAACUUCAUGAACAAACUGGCAGGAAACGAGUACGUGGGCUUCAGCAACGCAACUUUCCAGUCGGAGCGAGAGUCCGGAGACAGAAACUUUGCCAUCGGCUACUACCUGAAGGAGAAGAAGUGUUUCCCAGAGGGGACGGACAUGACGUCCAUCCUGGACUUCUACUUCCAGCUGUGCUCCAUCGAGGUGACCUGUGAGAGCGCCAGCGUCAUGGCGGCGACUCUGGCCAACGGCGGCUUCUGUCCAAUCACAGGCGAGCGUGUGCUGAGCCCCGAGGCCGUGAGGAACACCCUGAGCCUGAUGCACUCCUGCGGCAUGUACGACUUCUCGGGACAGUUCGCUUUCCACGUGGGUCUACCGGCGAAGUCUGGAGUCGCUGGUGGGAUUCUGCUGGUGGUUCCCAACGUGAUGGGCAUCAUGUGCUGGUCUCCUCCACUCGACAAGCUGGGCAACAGCGUCCGAGGCAUCCAGUUCUGCACGGACCUGGUGUCUCUCUGCAACUUCCACAACUACGAUAAUCUGAGGCACUUCGCCAAGAAGCUGGAUCCUCGCAGGGAAGGAGGCGACCAGAGGGUGAAGUCUGUGAUCAACCUGCUGUUUGCUGCUUACACCGGAGACGUGUCGGCCCUGAGGAGGUUUGCGUUGUCCUCCAUGGACAUGGAGCAGAGGGACUACGACUCUCGGACGGCUCUGCACGUGGCGGCCGCUGAAGGACACGCUGAGGUGGUUCGCUUCCUGCUGGAGGCCUGUAAGGUCAACCCAGUCCCCAAAGACCGGUGGGGGAACACGCCGAUGGACGAGGCGGUGCACUUCGGCCACCACGACGUCGUGACCAUCCUCCGCGAUCACCACAACAAGUACAGCCCUCAGGAAAGCAGCGAGGACAAGCAGAGCGCAGAGAAGAACCUGGACGGGAUGCUCUGACCGGGACCAGCAACUCAGGUCGGAGACAAACAAUCAGCAACUGCACCUAGAAAACACUAAAUCAGAAACUGUACAGUGAAGAUAGACAGAAAUCCCCUAAACGUCCUCCUCGGUGCUGGGCAGCCGCACCUCCACUGUAAGAACUGCUCAUCAUGUUAGUAGAUGUUGUUGGGUUUUGUACUAUCUCACGGUCUCUGUUUUUAUUUCCACUCCUCCUCCUGUGUGUUGUCGGAGGUGAGCAGCUGCAGCGUAAAGUGAUGGACUCGUCAUCUCACGUUUUUAUUCUGUACAAAACGGUUUAAAACCUUCCUCACGUCUUCAUCAUCUCAACAUGGUGGAAUGUAUCUUCUCCCAAACACUUCAAUGUGUGUGUGUGUGUGUGUGAUAUUUAUUGAUGUAUUUAAGAUGUGCAUUCAUGUUACGAGCGCGUGUCUGAGGAGCGGUGAGAAGAAACUGGUGAAGAGUCGGAGGAAGAAACUGUGGAAACUGUCAGUAUUUUAAUUAUUAUUAUUAUUAUCUGUUAAAUAUUCAACUUUUAAACGGUUUCUGUUUGUUUUCUAAAUGACAUUUUUGUUGUUUUCCCAUAAAACCGCUCUUUACUUUAAUACUUUCAUUGUUCUGUUUCUAUUUUUUGUUUUUUAAAGUAAUGAAAUAUUGUCCACUAAAAGAGUUUCUACAUAUCCGACGCUCCCACAGAAAGACUGAACUGUUGAAUGACCAGAAAAGGAAGUUUCCGUUUUCACUUUAAGUUCGAGACGUUACAGCAGAAAAUGACAGCGAAUACAUUUCAUCACUGACAUAAAAAUGUCACUAAAGUAAAAAAUCUGGAGUAUUUUGUCUUUACAAACAACGUUUCAGCUCAGCUCAUAAAAAGUCUGUUUGUUUGUUUCCUCGUCGAGUCAUUUGCUGCUGUAACCAGCGAAAGGUGUGAAUGUUAGCGUCAGAUGCAGCUUUAUGAUGCAGGCAGAUUGUUUUCAUGUCAUACUUGAAGAGUUGUGCAGAUGCUUAGUUUCUCCACAUGUUUUGUGUUUGUUUGGAUGUUUCUGCUCAAACUGAACUCCUCCUCAGGCUGAGAGUCACUUUGUCCAGAGAAAGAAGCACAAAGCUGAAGCAGUGAUUGCAGGUUUGACUCAUGUCGGUCAAAUCAAGUUUGUGACUAAAUGCAAAAUGUUUGUUGUCAUCGUUUCUUCUUCAUGUGUAUUUAUGCUGAGCGUCACAGGACGUUCACAUAUUUAUCGGCAGGUUUAAUAAAAGUCAGAAACACCA